AUGGUCGCAAACAUAAAGUUGACGCAAAAUAUGUUUUAAUAUUGAAUAUAUUGUAAUUAAUUAAUUGAGACGUUUUUUCGAUUCUUAUAGGGAUUUCAUCUAAUAUUCUGUGUGUCAUUCAUAGCAAAAAUAGUGUUAUUUUUAUGUGAGAUAUAAAUUUUGAUCUUUUGUAGCAUUUUGUAUGCAAUUUAUGGGAAUAACACGUUCAGUACAUCAUUACAUGUCAUUUGUUGUGAUAUUCAAAGCAUUGCAUUAUAAGUCAUAAGCCGUAUAUACCGUUUGCCACACCCUUUAAACCGAUAAAUACAUGACAUAGUAUUAUAUAAAGAUAUAAAUUAUAUUAUAUAUUGAGACCCGUAUUUCACAAGACAUCCAAUAUUAUGGAGUUAUAUAUGGUUUGCGUUUUGAUCGCUAUGUGAAGCGAUGUCAAUGCUUAUCUUAAAAGGCAUUCAAUGUGUUAUGUCUGUCACUCAUCCCAUGCCAGACAAAGAACUUCAAUGGAAAAGAUCACCACAUUUGCCAUCGCAAGAGAUGAGAUCACACCACAAGAAAAGCAAAAGUGACAAAACUAAGAACUCGUGGCGAAAAAGACAGGAAAAACAACCCUUAGCUCAUGCAGAGAUACCAUUGGAAAGUGUAUUCAUUGAGGAGAUCGAUGCCGUCUCAGUUGAGAUUCCGCCCGAAAGAAAUUCAGACAUCAAUUACAGACUCGAUGGCAAUGGAAGACAUGAAAGGUCUGUGGACAGGGAGAGAGUGGAUAGUCGGGCAACAAUGGUUUGAUUACCAAUCAUUACAAACAAUGGUUUGACUACAAUCAUUACAAUUGAUCUAUUAUUUGCAUCAAAUAAUGAAUGGCACUGAUUAUUAUGGCGAGUAUCACACCAUUGCAUUGCAAGAAAUAUAAAAAAAAAGUUUUUCAC